AUGCCGAAUCAAAUGGAAUUAUAUUUGAUCGUCCCAGGACUUAUGAUUAACAGAGGAUCACUGUUGCUGAUUUUUGUUUUUCCGUUUCGUAGUUUCACCUCAGAUAGAGUUCGUGGAGACAUAGGACUAGCUGGGAUUAAGGAGUUGUGGAUAAUUAGGCAUGGGAGGUGUGGAAAGGUGAUGGGCAAUGAUGAUGAUGGUUCUCCUGAGGAUGAGGAUAAGUCCCAACAGCGUUAUCUUUAUUAUGUGAUAGAGCUGGCUACCUUUGUGCAGAUUGCCAAAACCCGAGGAGUAACGGUUGGAGUUGCUCCCUCGUUUAGAAGUGCGGAACGCGCCGAGAAACGUAAGGAGUACUAUACGAAGCUGGAGCAAAGACACCAAGCUCUAGAAGCAGAGAAGAUGGAAGCCAAAAUGAGGACCAUGGAGGAGGAAGAAGCAGCCUUAAAACAGUUUCGAAAGAACCUGUUUGUUAAAGCACACCCUGUUCCGAGCUUUUACCGUGAAGGGCCUCCACCAAAGUCUGAACCUAAAAAGAUACCCGUGACUCGUGCUAAAUCACCAAAGUUAACUCGGAGAAGGAGCUGCGACGAUUCAUGCCAUACGUACACGGAAGAUAAGGGCUCGUGCUCACGAACCACAACCAGAAGAGCACGCAGCACUACUCCGAAUCCAGUUAGAAACAAGUAA